UGAGACUAUAAAAUGAAGGAAUUUACUGUAAGCAGGGCGCACUCUUUAUCUGGAGUUCCCCUUGUGAACUCCUGUCCAGCGGCUGAGCUCCUCCGAUGCUUUAAUCAGUGAGCUCUCAGGCACAUAUCGCUGUCGGUUUGUCCUCACUUCAAGCUGCAAACCUUCGUCCAGUCGCCGGCUAGAGACGGAGCAGAGCCAUGGCAGGGGACGGCUCGGACCAGCGGGCGCUGCAGUAUGAACAAACUCUGAUGUAUGGGCGCUACACCCAGGAACUUGGGGUGUACGCCAAAGAGGAGGCCGCUCGGCUGAGGGAGAGCGGGCAGAGGCGAUCGGUCAGCGACCGAAGCCGGACCCUGGACCUGCUGGAGUACGACAAGGGACGCUGUGCCAAGUGUCGCAGGUCAGGGUACCCGUAUGUUCUGGAACCCCCAGCCCGGGACUUUAUAUCUGUCUGCACGGUUCGCUGUCAGAAGUUCCUGAUCUCGCGGGUCGGGGAGGACUGGAUCUUCCUCAUCCUGCUGGGACUGCUCAUGGCCCUGGUCAGCUGGGUGGUGGACUUCUGCAUCGCCAUCUGCCUGCAAGCACAGAAGUGGAUGUACGGUGGUCUGGACAGUAACGUGUUCCUGCAGUAUCUGGCCUGGGUCACCUACCCCGUAGUCCUCAUCACCUUUUCUGCCGGCUUCACUCAGAUUCUCGCCCCGCAGGCUGUUGGUUCAGGCAUUCCAGAGAUGAAGACCAUCCUGCGAGGUGUGGUGCUGAAGGAAUACCUCACCUUUAAAACUUUUGUGGCCAAAGUCAUCGGCCUCACCUGUGCUCUGGGCAGCGGCAUGCCUCUGGGCAAGGAGGGUCCAUUUGUCCAUAUUGCCAGUUUGUGUGCCGCUCUUCUCAGCAAAUUCAUGUCCCUGUUUGGAGGAAUCUACGAGAAUGAGUCAAGGAACAUCGAGAUGCUGGCAGCAGCCUGUGCUGUGGGAGUGGGCUGCUGUUUUGCUGCCCCCAUAGGAGGUGUGUUGUUCAGUAUUGAAGUAACAUCCACAUUCUUUGCGGUGAGGAACUAUUGGAGAGGUUUCUUUGCCGCUACCUUCAGUGCCUUCAUCUUCAGAGUACUGGCUGUUUGGAACAGAGAUGAAGAGACCAUCACAGCACUUUUUAAAACCCGUUUCCGGCUAGACUUUCCCUUUGACCUCCAGGAGCUUCCUGCCUUUGCUGUCAUUGGCAUUGCCAGUGGGUUUGGAGGUGCUUUGUUUGUCUACCUGAACCGACUGAUUGUCCAGUUCAUUAGGAAACAGAAGGCCAUCAACAGAUUCCUCAUGAAAAAGCGUCUGCUGUAUCCAGCACUGGUCACUUUACUCAUCUCCACACUAACAUUCCCUCCUGGAUUUGGACAGUUCAUGGCUGGAAAGCUGACCCAGAAGGAGUCUCUGGUGACAUUACUGGACAACAGGACAUGGGCCAAACAGGGCAUCGCUGAGGACUUUGACUACAUCGGACACUCCCAAGCCUGGAAACAUCCACAACUCAACGUCUUCGUCACAUUGGUCCUCUUCAUUGUCAUGAAGUUCUGGAUGUCUGCCCUGGCCACCACCAUCCCUGUGCCCUGCGGAGCCUUCAUGCCAGUAUUUGUCAUUGGGGCAGCCUUUGGUCGUCUGGUAGGAGAGAGCAUGGCAGCUUGGUUCCCAGAUGGCAUUAACACAGAUGGUACCAUCUACCCCAUAGUGCCUGGAGGCUACGCUGUCGUGGGUGCUGCAGCCUUGUCGGGAGCGGUCACCCACACGGUUUCCACUGCAGUCAUAGUGUUUGAGCUGACUGGCCAGAUCUCCCACAUCCUGCCAGUGAUGAUAGCGGUGAUCCUGGCCAAUGCCGUGGCCCAGUCUCUGCAGCCCUCCCUCUACGACUCCAUCAUCAGGAUCAAGAAGCUGCCCUACCUCCCAGAGCUGGGCUGGGGUCACCACGAGAAAUAUAAUAUUCGAGUGGAGGACAUCAUGGUGCGGGACGUGCGGUACAUCACACUCAACUGCUGCUACCGAGACCUGCAUAACGUCCUGCUGACGGGCCACCUCAAGACUCUGGCACUGGUGGAAUCAGCUGAGUCAAUGAUCCUGCUGGGCUCCAUCGAGCGCGCUCAGCUCCAGUCGCUGCUUUCACAGCAGCUCGGUCGGCCCAGACGGCUGGAGUACAUCAGAGAGCGAGCCGCCGCAGAGAAGAAGCAUCUGUCUGUUGUGUCAAACCCAGGCAGCGAGGACGGCAGCCAGCGGGCCAGUCAGGAGGUCCGCUUCCAGAUCUCUACUGAGGAGUCAUCCUUCAGUCCGACUCGUCCAGUACCUCAGAAGCCUCUUAAACCUGCUCUGAAAAGACCCUCUGUUGUGGAGAGACCCACUGAGAUCCCUACCGGCCCUAAUGAUAAUUCAGGCAUUGCACUGAAGAACCUGUUCUGUGCCAGUCCAGACACAGAAGGCCUGGAGAAAAACAACAAUUUGGAGACCCCUGCGUCUCCUGAGCACAGGAGGCCAUCCAAACGAGUCCGGAUAUCCGUCGUGGAGCCACCACCCAGCCUAAAGAGUUUCUCUGGGGAUGAUGGAGACGUGGAAGACGACAUGACCAUUAGAGAGAUUGCAGAGUGGGAGGAGAAGCAGCUUGAUGAACAGGUCAACUUCAACAACUGCAAGAUCGACCCCGCCCCCUUCCAGCUGGUGGAGCGCACGUCGCUGCAUAAGACCCACACCAUCUUCUCCCUGCUGGGCCUCGACCACGCCUACGUCACCAGCAUCGGACGCCUCAUCGGGGUGGUUUCCCUCAAAGAGCUUCGCAAAGCCAUCGAGGGCUCAGUGACGGUGAAAGGUGUGAAGGUUCGUCCACCUCUGGCCAGCUUCCGUGACAGCGGCACCAGCAGCAGCGAGAACGAGGCCACCGAGCUCCACAAGCUGUGGGAUCGCCACAAGAGCAUGUCGCUGCCGCGUGAACACACCCCCUCCGAGUCCGACGAGAAGUCCCAGUGAGGGAAAGUGGAGGAGGAGGAGGUGGAGGAAGAGGAGGAUGAGGAAGCGUUGAGGUCUUUAAUCUCCCAAAGCCACAAAAAUGCAAAAAUCCUCAGGGCUUAGGAUCAAUAUUUAAUUCUGGAAAGAGUUCUACUGCUACGCCAGCCUCCUCCUCACCUCCCUCCUCACCUUCUCCUCCGCCUCCCCCUCCACCUCCCCCUUUGCUUCACGGACCACCUAGUGCUUUCUCCAGGAGCAUUGCACUGACCCAGCCAGACACUCCAACUCAGCCUGUGCCCUGCUCUCCAUUUACCCUUGGGAAUCCACAGCAGAGAGAAUGUGGAUUGGGGGGAAAAGAAGAAAAGACACACGUUGGUUGAGUCCAACAGGGAACUGGGACUGGGUGGGAGUCUUUUAAAAAGGGAUGUUUUUUUAGACCUUGUUUAGCUUGUGUAUGUUUAGAGUUGGGAUCAAAGUUUGGACCUGCAGAAGCUAUCUUCUUUUGAAUGAGUCUUCCACUUCAGUAGAGAAAUUCAUCAGCGAUGACAAGGAAGAAUACUGUAAUGUAUGCGUGGACUGGAAGUGUGAGUGUAUGAAAUGAGAAAAUGUGAGCGUGCAUGAAGAGGGAGGUAGCAAACGACUAUUUCUUAUAGGAUUUUUUUUUAUUGCUUUUAGAACAAAUUGCAGUCUUUGUUUUCCUGCUUGAAUCAUUUUAUUUCCGACUGAUCAGGUGGUCUGGGUUCGACUGGAAUUUGUCAUUUCUUUGUAAAUUACACUACAGUUUGUCCCACUGACAAGCAAUGGAGUCAGAAGGAGACAGAUGCCUUAGUUUUCUGUACCAUCGCUCUUUUCCUCUCUACGUUCCUCCCUUCACUGCGAGUCUUAAUGGUCAGGUUGAGAGUACAGCCUAUGCAAGACAGACAUGCCGGUUGGCAGCGAUGGAGGCACCUGUAGCCCUUUCAUAACACACUCCUUUCCUGUAGCCACAGCCUUGCAUAACGCAAGGCAGAUGCAUAGAAACGCACACAAACACGCUGCAGCGAUGCACUCCGAGAGGUUUUCUUCUUAUCUAAAUAUAGCCCUUAAUAAGCGUUCCAGAGAAGGCUGAGGCGGAUGGAGAGGGCAGGAAGCGAGGGGAAGGAGGGAGGACGAGCCGAGAGCAAAUGGAUGGCUGAAAGAAUGAAGACAUCAUUACUUAACCAGCUGCUCUGGGCCCUCUCAUCAAUCUGCCUUUGAUUGCCAUGUUAGCUAACCUCCAUUACUUUGUGUCUGAGACACAACCCCAGCAGCUGUAUGAUGUAACGGUCCACAGGGUCGGCCAACACAUCCAGCAGUCGGUGGCGACGUGUGAGCAGAAUCAGCUUGAUUAAUGCAGAGCGAUCAUUUGAGUCAACUGAAGAAUCAUCCGGUGUGAUUAAGCGACUAAAAGAAAUCCACAAGUGACCAACAGGGAGUGUUGGAUGAUGUACUUUAAUCAUUUGAUAUCCAGCUAGUUUACCAACCGCAUCAUUAGUUAGUGCAGCUUCUACCCAACUACAGAUUGAACCUGCAGCUUGAGGCAGUGACGUUUAACUGCAGCAUGGUUUCUGAUUGCUGAGAUGACAGAUAAUGUAAAGUACUUAGAAUUUAAUAAUUCAUGUCUGCCAUAAUGCUUCAGGCUGUCUGGCCAUCAGCAGGAUUUCUCUUUCGUCCAGCCCUCCAUCUGUCCCACCUUCACGUUUACUUAUCUUGGCUACUGACCACAAACACAUCCUUUAGAAACACACUCCUUUUUCUACCGUAAUUUACUCUGAGACCGGGUGACCAAUACUACUUCCUACAGAAAUACAGUCUGGAUGCCUUAAAUACGCCCUCACACACUCCUAGCUCCACCUCCGUGUACGAUGCAUUGCAUGGAUUUUAUUUUGUCGGGUGGCAUCUAGUCUUGAAAUUAGCGGCACACGGUGCAACAGCAUGGCUUUGCAUGACAGAGUGCAUGUGGGGUUUGUUUUAUAUGAUGAAAACGUACCAAAAACAGAUGCUAGACAGACAUGACUACGGGACGAGUGAAUGAUGUCUCAGUUUGCCAUCUUGUGCCUGUAUUUUCUUACCGUCUCCGGCAUCUUCCACUCAUCCAGUGAGCUUUAUUCGUUGCCUGAUUUUCAACUGGAGAUGGAAUCUUUAGGUUAGCAAACUUAUACUCACAGAUUAAUAUAUUUAAUAUCAUUCUUGUAAUAUAAAAUCAUAAAUUAAUGUCUUAACCAAUCCUUACUUGUUGUCUAUUCUCUGUUUUAUAUUUGUUGAUAAUUUUGAAGCUGAUUAUCGUGCUUUUUUUUAUCUUUUAACAUGCUGUCUGAAACAUUUCGACUAUUCUAGACGUUUCUAUGUAAAAUAACACUAAUAACUGGGUGACGGCUCGCAGUGGCUGCCUGAUAGGAGAACAGAACAAAUGUUAAAGUGGUGUUAGGGGAAGUUAAUGUUGAAGGGACCAGCAUGUGGUCUGCUGUUCAGAUGUUAAUUCCAUAAGUGCCUCCUCUACUUUAUCAACGGAAUAAGCAAUCGGCACCCGAGCUGGUUUUCUGCUCCUGUAGACGAGGCACUUUUCACACGCACACAAAUAUGUAAGCAGAGUGGAUGAUGUUUCAGCGCGGUGUGCAAUUAUCACCAUGGCAACCUGUCGCCUCCCCCCAUAUCUGCUCGCCCCGGGGACUGACUGAGAUCCACUGAUUUGGUUCUGUUCAUUUGUUUGUGCUUUUCAUCGAUUUUCAUUACGCUGCCUUCUGCCACAGCCUCUCCCCCUCCACCAGCAUUUCAGAAUGUUUCGUCUCAUUUGCCACCAGACGCACACAGACCAGCUAGAUGCAUAUUUAUUAGUCCUCAUUAAUCACCGUAGAAGUUGUACAUGUUUUUUUUUUUUUCAUUCUUUUUACAGAUGAUCUACUUGUGGGUAAUCAAUUUGUGCAAUAACAGUUGUUCAUCUCACUUUGUAACCCAGUUUUAAUUGAUGACACGAAUGCAAGAUAACCUUAUUUUUGUAAAGAAACCUGAAAAGUGUAAAAAGAUGUAUGUAUAUGAGGAGAACCGACGCUCACACGGGAGCUUGUGUGUGAUGAAGUGAUGUUGGAACGACGGUUUGGAGGGAAGGUUUUCCCAAAAGCUUCAUGGAGCUCACACUGAAAGCUCAGCAGAAUCAGUGUUGAAAUAUUUAAGACACUGUUUGCACCUUGAGGUCUUUGUUCAAGAAGAAAAAUGGCUUUGAUUCUUUACUUUGGCUUUUGGGAAACCUUCCCCGUCUGCUCUUAAAAGGCUCUGUGGUGAAUCCUGCUGCAUGGACUUUUAAGCACUGGCACUGAGUCAGUUAUAAUACGCUCCCCUCGAUCCUCUCCUUCAGUCUGAGGGGCUUUGAUAAGACCAGAUCCUCACAUCAGCUGCUGAGGGUUAUCUUUCAUUCACUCCUUAGGGCUCUUAGGGACUGUACAUUGUAAAUACUGGAGGCCUCCACUACGGCAAACCCCCGAGGGCCAAACCAGACGGAGCUGAACAAAAAUCCAGAGCUAUUUUUCACACCGAAAAAUGAAAUAUUGUUUUUGUAUAUCAGUGAUGAAUAAAUGAGAUUUUAACAAACAA